AUGGACUUCAUGAAUGAGAAUGAUUUGCAUGAUGUAAGGGUGGGGGGACCAAGGUUCACAUGGUGCAAUAGCAAAAAUGGGGGAGGCUGGAUCUUGGAAAGGUUGGAUAGGUGUUUACUUAACACUUUGGCUAUCAACUGUAUUCAGGUGGCAUUGGUAAGGCAUUUAGUAAGAAUUGCCUCAGAUCAUUGUCUUAUAUUUUUGAAAAUUUUUGAUUCACCAUCUAGAAGUAAAGGGAUUAUCAAAUUUAAGGACGUAUGGCUAUCCUAUAGAGGUUCGGCUCACAUUAUAGCUAAAGUAUGGAAAAGGGGAUUUCAUGGCAAUGAUAUGGAGAUCCUAAACAAAAAAUGUAAAAAAGCUUUGAAGGAUUUGCAUUUUUGGGGAAAGGCUAAAGUCAAGGAGUUCUAUAUUGAGAAGGACAAAUUGAAAGAGGAAAUUGUUCAUCUUCUAGAGGAAGAAGCAAAUAUGGGUUGGUUGAGUGAAGAUAAGCUUUUGAAGCUAAGAACUAAAGUCAAAGAGCUCAAUAUGACACUUUUUCGGUUAAACACAUGGUGGAAACAAAGAGCAAAGGUUAAAUGGUAUGUGGAAGGGGAUGAUAAUACGAAAUUCUUUCAUUCCUAUGCAAGCACCAGGAGGAGUGGAAACUGGAUUUCUCAAGUAAAGAAGUGCAGUGGGGAGCUAACCGAAGAUCCUAAAGAAGCACAGGAAGUAUUCUUUACGUAUUUUCUGGAGAAAUGGAAGGAAAGGGAUUAUUUUGAAGAAAAUUGGCAUACACCGUAUAGAAUCCUGGAUGAAGAAGAUAGAAGGAGUCUGGUGCUGAUAUUUCAGAUUGAGAAAUUGUGGAAGUAA